AUGACGAAAAUCAAAAAUGUCCACCUCUCGACUCAGAUCUUCAUUCAGAAGAACACAACAGUUGGGUCUUUGCAAAAUUCUGCCAAACACUGCCGCGGGUUCUACCUUCCAAUCGUCCCAAAGCAGACUCGCCUUCCACCAGAAUGCAAAGAGAUCGGCAUGGGUGAACCUGGAGAAGGCCAUGAAGUUGGACAAGAGCUAGGUGCUAGCGGCUGCUUUGGCGAGUUGGUAGAUGAAGUUGCCUAUGCACUUCAGUCUAUGAGUCUCCUCAACACUCGCUACUUCGAUGGAGACCCCCCACUAACACGGUGGUUGUGGACUAUAUCCGACGACGUCCGCAUCCAGUUCCAGCACACCUUAAUGAAGGCCGUCUCUGGGGAACAAGCCGCUGCUAGCUUUGGACCCGCUUUGGAGCCUCCAUAUGUCCUGCCAGAUGACGAGCUCAUGACUGAGUUUGAUACCCAAAUGGAGACGGCAGAUGUCAGGGACUGGUUCAAGAAUGAGGUGUGGUGA